CUGUUGAUCGUGGUUAAAGCACCUGCGCGCGGAUUCGUGUUCCACCGGAAAAAAGUGAACUGCAUUUUAAAAUUCUGUGGAAAUGCAUUCAAAAUUCCCGCUAAAGUGAACUAAAAAAUCCACAAAUAUACACCCAACAAAAUUUCCUGAAACUAAAUCAAGUUCUGUACGGAAGUUCAAUGCGAAAAUUUCUUCGUCAAUCAUAAAACAAUGCCAAGCAUUUUAGAGCUUAAAAACUAACAAGAAAUACCAUAAAAAAACCCACAAAAAAACUUGUUCAAACUACUUUGGAUACUUGGGAGCUCCACUGCUCAACCACCAUCAUCAUCAUCAUCACUUGCAGAGCCUGAGGCUUUCUUCCCCCAAAGUUCUAACGGAAUGUGAAAAGCCUCCAUUAUGCCCACGGAAAGCUCAUCCAGCGAUGUCGCCGGCGGCGGAGGAGGAGGAGGAGGCGGCGCCAUUCCCAUGCUACGACCCUCACGCAUGGACCAGUUCAUGUCCACGGUGGCUGCUGCAGCGGCAGCAGCUGGCGGUGGCGGCGCGGAUGGGUCCAACAGUGGAGGCGGCGACUCGAGGAGCUCAUCGGCCAGCAGGAUCUCGGCGGCAGCAGCCGCCUACGAAACACAAUUGGCCUACCAGCAGCACCUGGCCGCCGCUGGACUGCAUCCCGGUCCACCGCCCCACCAUCGCGAGAUCUCUGCCUUUGUGCCCGUGCUGCCCACGCGACAGGCACUGGAGGCCAAGGCGCGGGCCGGCAGCAACUCCAACUACGAGAUCAUUGCCAUGAUGGCCGACAAGCGGAAGGAGCUGGCCCUGAGGGAGGCGGCCGCUGCUGCUGCCAUGCUUGGACGUGGCGGCCCGCCGGGCGGUCCACCGCCACCCGGUGUCCUGUACGCACCCCCACCACCACCGCCAUAUUUAACAGGGCCGGGCCCCUCGCCCACGGGUCCGGGCAGCUUUCCAUUCCCCCCCGGAGCCGCCGCAGCAGGACUCUUUCCGCCCGGUCUCGGACCGGGCAUGCAUGCCGGACUGGAUCGUCGUCUGUUGCGUGCACCCGGACGCGCCUCGAGGCCCAAGAAGCAGUUCAUCUGCAAGUUCUGCAAUCGACAGUUCACCAAGUCGUACAAUCUGCUGAUCCACGAACGGACGCACACCGACGAGCGACCCUACUCCUGUGAUAUUUGCGGCAAGGCGUUCCGGCGACAGGAUCACUUGAGGGAUCACAGGUACAUCCACUCCAAGGAGAAGCCAUUCAAGUGCACCGAAUGCGGCAAGGGCUUCUGCCAGUCGCGCACUCUGGCGGUGCACAAGAUCCUGCACAUGGAGGAGUCGCCCCACAAGUGUCCCGUGUGCAGCAGGAGCUUCAAUCAGCGCUCCAAUCUGAAGACCCAUCUGCUGACCCACACGGAUCACAAGCCCUACGAGUGCUCCUCCUGUGGCAAGGUCUUUCGCCGCAACUGCGAUCUGAGGCGACACGCCCUGACCCAUGCCGUGGGCGAAGUUAGCUCCGGCGACUACGUGGACGUCGGCGAGGAGGAUGAGGCCCGUCACCUGAGUGGGGACGAAGAGGACUCCCUGCUGGAGGUGGACUCCCCGCGGCAGAGUCCUGUCCACAACCUGAGCGAAUCAGCAGCAAACGGCGAAAAGGAUGAGGCGGAGCGCAUGCGCCUGAAGCGGAAGGCUCCCAUCGAUCAGGAGGAGAGCGAAGAGGAGUUCGAUGACUACGAUGAGGAGGAGGAGCUGCAAGAGGCAGCUGGCAGCUUUCCAAGGGAAGAACUCCGGGAGGAGGACGACGACUUUGAGGCCGAGGAUGAGGUGCAGCAAGAGGUAGCUCCUGCGGCACCACGACAAUCAUCAGCAGCUCCGGCUGCUGCCACUGCUGCGACUGGAAAGCCGGAGCGCCAGGGCGUCACCCACUGCCACCAUGAGGGCGGAGAAACCUACACCAUGCGACCGCAUGGCGAAAGACAGCAGGAAGAGCCAUUGUCCAUGCCUCCCAAUCCCAAUGGGCCACCGCCACCUGGUUUUGUGGCCACUCUGAGGUAUGCAGCGCCAGGAGGCGCACCACCAGUGGGAGGGCCACCUGUUGUCCCGCCCCCACCGCACCACCAGCCACAUCCCCAUCUCCUGCCACCCAACGGAGAUCCCUAUCUGCCGAUACUCCAUGUGCGUCGGGAUCUGCACCACAAGAGCCUCAACCUGAGCAAGGGCGCACCAGCACCCCCACCCACACCGCCCACGAUCGUAACCCAACCACCGGAGACGAGUAAGCCACCCAAUCAGCCGCUGCACUCGCCCCACGAGGCAAUGCCCAGCUUUUUGGGCUCCAUUCCGAUGCGCAAGAGGAUCCUGCCGCCGCCGACGAUCGAUCUGAUGGACCAUCAUCACCAUCAUCAGCAUCACCAUCAUCAGCGGGCGUAUCUGGAGAAUCAGAGCAUCUAUGCCCUGAACAUGUCGCGGCAUCCGCCACGCCAGCUGCUGGGCAAGCCACCGAGCACGGAGACGAGCGGCGCAGCCACAGAGAAGGGUCCACCUGCAGCGCAGGCGCCACCGCCAGUUGCACCGCCCCCGGCUCCCAGACGCACGGGCUUCAGCAUUGAGGAUAUCAUGCGACGCUGAUAUCGCCGAAGAAGGAUUUAGUACACUAUGACAAGAUUGUUCCCAUGGAUUCCAGGGGAGUCCUACACCCCUGAACGCUAUUUUAGAGACAAGUGCACUUUUUAGUACAUUUUAGUACAAUAAACCCCACUAGACUAAGAGCUAAACGUAGUGCUUAACUAACUGUUGUUGCAUUUUAUAGACAAGUAGGAUCCCAGCAUAAAUAUCUAUAUAUAUACAUAUAUACGUCGAUUAAGCUACGAUUUAGUGCGAGAGUCUAUCGAUUAGUAAUCGAUUUCGGCCAACACUAAGUGUUUGCUGUAUUUGUAUUUCCUUUCCAAGCGAGUGAAUUCCAACCCUUAAUUUAUGUUUCUUUUUAGUGUCUAAGAUUAAUCUUAAUGAGUGAAGAUAAAAUGAAGAUGUGAACGAAAUCGUUAGGCGAUUUUGCUGUAGGGAAAAAAAUGGUUGAAAGUAAAAGUUGGCUAAGUGAAAAAUCAAAAACAAACAAAAAACUAAACAAAAUUCCAGUUGAGUAUUUUUGUCUAGAUUUAGUUUAGAAUUUAAGCUUCGAUCGUAAGGAUUUUUUGUAGUAGCCUUAGCGUAUCCAUAGCAUUCCAUUCCAUGGUCUUCCUUGAAUUUUAAAUGAUUUUAUUCAAACUAUUUCAAAUAAAGUUUGCCUAUUAUA